ACAUAGUAACUUUAAUUAUAAAUUUUCAGAAACCCAAUUAAACCGUUACAUUAGCAAUUCAGCAGAUUUAACUUGUCUAUUCGAUGGGCCAUGCGCAUGGAUGAAUGUACCCAAUGAUGGUUUACUGGAUACUUCAGAUUUUUACUUAUUUACAAAAUCAGAUGGUAAAUCAUUUCCAGCAAACAUUCAGACCGGAUCCCUUGAUCCACCAAUAGGUACAAGAUUCGUUCUUGCUGGGAAUACAAGCCAAGCAGAACAAAGUGCGGUAAUUGUGAGCGCGCCGAUAGCAUGUCAACGAACUUCUGGAUUUCUAAUAUUCAAGUAUUGGUUGUAUAAUGACGCAAAAAUUGAAACAUUGAUUGUGAAGCCAACUUCUCGAAGAAAUCAUCUUCAAGUUAUCUUACGACCAGUUACUGAAUGCCACUUUCUUCGUACUCUUUUUGAUUAUUGUCGAGUUGAAAUACCAGAAACUGCUGAACCCUUUCGCAUUGGUAUUCGUGCAUAUGGUUUGAAAGAUUCAGCGUUGGGAAGUUUUGGAAUGAUAACUGAUAUUAAGUAUAAAGCUGAAAUAUGUUUAGAGCCUAAAUUCUCAACAUUAUUUGGAGCUCGAGCUGUUCCCCCACCUUUAGCUAAAUCUAUUAUUCGAAAAGCUAGUGAAUUAUCAUGUAUAGACUAUGACUCCAAAUGUCGUUGGUCUAAUAGCAUUUCUUCACCCACUGAAUGGAAAAUUGGACAGAUUCGUGAAAGAUGGAUGCAUUUAUUUGGAACAGAAAGUAAACCAUCUGGAACUUUUUUCUAUCAGUAUUGGUUAAAACCAGGGACCCAAGUUCAAACGUGUACAGUUAGUGCGACAAAUGUGUUGAUUAGUUGUGUAUACUUAAGUGAACGCCUUGUACCUGGGCCUAUAAAUAUCGACGUUGACGCUCCUGCUGAUGAACCUUUUCGAUCUGGUGUUGCUAUCUUGCGAUCACGUAAAGUAUUAUGUGCUCAUAAAGCAACAAUUUUUGUUGCUUACUUUCGAACUGAUAAUGCAGAAUUAAUGAUAUGCGUAGACAAGCAAUGUGUUAAUACUGAAAAAUCUCGCUCUGUUUUGGAAAAAAUUUUUUGGUAUAUUUUUUCCGGUUGGCUUUCGAUGGAAAUUAGCAGAAAUGAAGAAUUUGUCAUUCGUCUUGUUGCAAAAUCAACUGGGCCUAGUUUGGUUAUUAUUCGAAAAAUUGAAACAGCUGGUGAUUGGUGUCCAUUGCAAUCUUUAUCACAAAUUGCUUGCAAAAAGCUACAUUGUGUUUUUCGACACACUUUUUGUAAUUACAAAUCAGAAAUAAAUACUCAAGCAAAUACAUUAUUUAACAUUGAAUCAAAAGGAUUAACAGCAGUGAUGAAUAAAGGAUCCGGAUUAGCUGUUCUGCGAUCACCACGAUUUCAAAUUUCACGUUCACUCGAGUUAAAAAUUGAACUUUAUCAGUCAACUUUCGGUUCUCAGACCUUCUUGUGUGGCGAUGAGUUUGUUACACUGUUUGAUUGUCGACCAAUACUGGGUCCAAAAAUUAGUUCACCCAAAACAAUAACGAUGAAUUUAAGACUUGACGUAGAAACGCAAAACUUUAGCAUUGUUGCUGUGCAUGAUAAAUUUGCUGAAUUUGGUCCGGCAACGUUUGUUAUAUCCAAAAUUGAAGUAGUUGAUGAAAAUGGGCAAUUAAUUUGUUGA